AUGUGGUACAAUGAGACAGGAAGCAUCAGACCAGGAGUGAUCGGAGGCUCUAAGCCCAAAGUGGCCACUCCCAGAGUUGUGCAGAUGAUCCUACACUUAAAACACACCAACCCCACCAUGUUUGCCUGGGAGAUCAGAGACCGGCUGCUGCUGGAGCGAGUGUGUGACCACGCCAGUGUGCCCAGCAUCAGCUCCAUCAACAGGAUCAUCAGAAACAAAAUCCACUCUGAAUCUUGUGAAGUUGUGUCAACAGCAUCACCUGCUGCCAUUGGCACAGCCUAUUCCUCAGAGUCAGCCUAUUCCAUCAGUGGAAUUCUGGGUAUCAGGAAAUGCAGCAGCAAACACAAGGGAGGUAAAGUGUUUUUGUUAUGAAUAUAUU